AUGGCAACAGCUGUGGAAUUGGACCUCACAGGUCUUGAUACCAGCCGGAUAAUGGACCGACUUGAGUUGUUUCCGUCGCAUGCUGUCGGUCCAACAUGCGGAAUGCGGUCGCAAGGCGGCGACAAGGGAGUGAACCCAAGUGCGAAGUGGGUUCAGAAGAUAAAAGGAUGGGGUCAAUGGGACCAAAAGAUCACACCGUCGACAGUCUUACAGCCAGCUUCGUUGCCGAUGCCUGUGGAGGUAGCACCUUACGAGGAGCUUGAGCCAUUUUUUACACAUCUCAUGAAGGACAUGUCGGCCGACGAGUUCGAUGCACAUUUUGAUGAAUCGAAACAUAUUAAAGAGGAGGUUGAUAGACCGGUUGGGAAGAACUUCGAGCCGGGAUAUGAGCCGUAUUACAAAACCGAAUUUCUUGAGUUCAAGCGUGGAGUAGUGUACUCCGACCGUCGGAUGGACCUUUGUAAAAUGGUUGUUGGCCCGUCGAUAUCCCAGCUCAUGGAGUCACUCGAGUCGAAUACAUUUAUCGAGCAUUUCCUACUUGGGAAUAAUAUCAUUGGGCCAGAUGGCGCACAUGCAAUCGCCAAUUUCCUUGAGAAACGACCGGAUGCCAUGAGGACUUGGUAUCUAGCUGGAAAUUGCAUCGACACCGAAUCAUUCAGCAUCCUAGUCGAUGCCAUGUCGAAAUCGAAAGUUGUCGAGAAUCUUUGGUUAAAACGCAAUCCGCUUGGCCCAGGCUCUCACGAAUCUCUUUUCAAACUCCUCUCACAGCUACCUCGCCUCAGAACUUUGGAUCUCGACCAAACUGCCUUGGGAGACGACUGCCUCUCCAAGGUUUUUGAGAAACUAUCGGACCAUUACAGCGAUUUUCUACCAAUUGCUACACCAUCCCCACUCCAUUCGCUGUACAUGAACGGUGUUGGUAUACUACCAGCAAAAGAUGGCGAGAUGUCCGCCAUAAACUACAUUUCAAAAUUCAUCUCACAACAGACAUGCCAGCUCACAUCGCUCUACAUGUCCAAUAAUCUUCUUGGAGAUAGCGGCUUAAAAGUCCUUGCCGAAGGAUUGAAGAAGAAUACAUCGGUCGAACGAUUAUCAUUACAAUCCGUGGGUGCUAGCACAGCCGGUGUCGCAGCAUUAUUUGAUGCCUUAGCCGGACACCCAUCUAUUCGCAUGAUCGAUGUCGGUCAAUCAUAUGCCACCAUGGACUUGAAAAUGCAGUUCAAUUGGAUCGAAGAAGAUAUCGUUGAAAGUGCAGUAAACCUCAUAAAAUCCUCAGAGUCCCUAAGAUACAUCGACCUUGGAUAUGCCUAUAUGAGCCAGGCAUCGUUAAACAUUGUAUCACAAGCUGUUAGCAAAAGCCGAUACUUGCAAUUCUACAACGCUAGAUCAUUGAAAAACGAUGAAAAAGCACGAGAGGGAAAAGCCGUAAAUCUUGAAGCCAACAAACUGAAAGGAUUGGUUAAGGAUAGGCUAACUGCUAAUGUGAGGGUGGAAUGGCCAGGAAUGGAUUAUGAAGAGUGGGUGGGGACGGAAAAGAGAUGGUUGGUGAAUGAUCAAGAGGAUGUUAGAGCUAUUGACAGUGUCUAUCGAAAUCGAGACGCAGGAAUGGCAAGGAGGGGACAAAUGAUAUUGAAGAAAUGGUGGACUGAGGAUAAUAAGGAUGUUUUGCAGAAAGCUAGCGGCAGAACCUGCGAAUGGAAAAAUCGUCCAAAGGAGGCAGAGGCGGUAGUGGAGUGA